AAUAUAUUUCAAAUUGGAAAAAAAUAGUUUAAGUUUCGUGAAGAAGAAAACUAAAAAUGUCGCAUUCAAAUUCAAAAUCGUCGAGUCUAUUUAAACAAGCGGUUAUUCAAAUCGGAGCCGGAGGUUCGGCAGGUUUUGUGGAAGUCUGCAUUAUGCAUCCAAUGGAUCUCGUGAAGACGAGAUUUCAACUUCAAGUGAAAACAAAUAAAGUUGAUCCUUUAUAUUAUACUGGAAUCGGAGACUGUAUGAAAAAGAUGUACAAAAAUGAAGGCCUCGCUUCUUUCUGGAAAGGAAUAUUACCGCCAAUUUUAUCUGAAACUCCAAAAAGAGCCGUGAAGUUCUUUUCUUUCGAGCAAUAUAAACCGCUUUUCCUCUUUGGUGCCAGUGCUCCAACUCCCAUAACAUUCGCAUUGGCUGGAUUUUUCGCUGGCAUGACGGAAGGUAUAUUCGUAAAUCCAUUUGAAGUUAUUAAAGUGCAAUUGCAGUCGAAUCGUAAGAAGAUGACUGAAACUCCAUCGACGUUCGCUGUGACAAGAGAGAUUAUUAGAAAAAAUGGAUUUGGUUUUAAUGGUCUUAAUAAGGGAUUAAGUGCAACAGUUAUGAGAAAUGGCGUUUUUAAUUUAGUUUACUUAGGAUUUUAUCAUUCCGUUAAAGGCUAUCUUCCAGUGAGCAACGAUCCGAAAUUGAAUUUUUUAAUGAAGGUCGGCAUUGGUUUUUCGGCUGGAACAAUGGCCUCUUGUUUAAAUAUUCCAUUCGACGUGGCCAAAAGUCGUAUUCAAGGGUCACAAAAUAAUGAGUAUAGAGGAACGUUAAGAACAAUCGCUACUGUUUAUAGACAAGAAGGAUUCAGAGCCCUUUACAAAGGAUUAUUACCAAAAGUUUUACGACUAGGUCCUGGCGGAGCAAUAAUGUUAGUUGUCUAUGACUACAUGCACGCUUACCUCACAGUCAAGCUGAAGAAUUAAAUACUAUCUUUCUUUCUAUUCACAAUAAUUGUAAUUGACGACGUUUCAAUGUUAUCGGACAAUCGAACUAGUCUUUCUGCAUAUUCGUCGAAAAAAGAAAACAAAACAAAAGAACAAAUACACUUUUUUCAAUAUCACCAAAACAUUGUGUUCCUUUUCACACAGAAAACAU